AUGAAUUCAAAGCUCAACAAAAGUGGUGUGCUGACCAGCCAUUUGGACUAUUUUUGUCUAGUAUGCGAGUGCAAAUUUGAUAGUGAGAAUGAAAGUAUAGCACACAUAACGAAGCCAGAGCAUACAAUGAAGUUUUCUCUUACAGAGUAUUUUGAAGGAAAGACAGAAGACUGUGUGAGGAAGAUAAAAAAGUGGUACUUCUGCGAAGUUUGCAACGUUUUACUUUCUACAUCAGCAAGAGUUCGAUUACAUGUAGUUGAGCUAAAACAUAUUGAAAAUAAACACACCAAACUGAUGAAAAGACAAGGGAAUGUUGUCGUUGCUCUCACGAACGUCCUUAUAAACGACAAAGCAUGGAAUGGAUUCAUUGAUGACACUUGUGUUAUUUGUAAUACAGAAUUUGAAGAUGAAAACAUUCAUAAAAAUGAAUCUGUUCAUAUAAUUAAAUUAAUUCAAAGUAAAGUUGAAUUCGACUCAAAUAAAAACAUUUACCGGAAAAUUGAUGAAAACUCAUUUCAGUGUUUGACGUGUAACGCGGUCUUUGCUUGGAAUACAAAUGAUUUUCAUUUUGAUAAGACUGAACACUUAAAUCUUUACAAUAAAAAUUAUGAGUCAGCCGAAAUUAAAACAACAAAAGUCAUUGAGAAAACAGAUAUUACAGAUAAAAAAUCUAAAAUUCAACAACAAAAUAAGGAAGUAGUUCUAGAAGAAAUUAAAGUUUCAGAAAAUGUUUUAAAAACAGAAGACAAAGGCAGGCUAAAGAAUAUUAAUAAUAAUAAUAACCCAAAUAAUAAUAAUAAUCCUGAAUCAACCGAAGAAAAUUCUGAUCCAAUAAGUGAUACAAAGAUUUGUGAAAUAUUAAAUGCAAAAAAUUAUAUAACAAACGACGAAAAGGGACGGACAUGGUGUAUUCUUUGUAAUUGGAUUAUAGAUGCAUUUACUAUUAAUGCUCACAUACAUGAUCUUCAUCAUCAAACCAUACUUAAGUUGCACAAGGAACGUAUUACAAAACUUAAUUCAGAUAAAAAGUCAAAAGAAAUAUCUAAAAAUAUAAAUGAUGAUGUCGAAAAAAUUACUAAACAAAAUAUGGAUAGCAAUGAAAAUCUUGUAGAUUCUGUUGAGAAAUUUCAAAAAGAGGGAAUAAAUAUUAACUUUGAAUAUAAAACUGUAGUUUGCAAAAAAUGCUCAAAAGGAUUAGAGUUUGAUAUGCAAUUCAUUGAAAAGCAUAUAGAAGAACACACAAGAAAGGAUGGACAGAAAAAUAUUCUUAAGUCUAUACAACUUAAAUCUGGUUUAGAGGCUUCGAAAGUAGGCGAUGAAAGUACUAGCAAAAAUACUUGUUUAUAUACAACACCUGUAUUAUUGAAAAAAACUCCAGAAAAAAAGCAAAAGAAGGAACUUAAAGAAGUAACAAAAGAUAAAGAGUCAUCAUCUGCAUCUGAUAUAGAAGAUCGGGAUAAUUUGAUUAAAGAACAUGAUAUGAAAUAUAUACCUGGCAAAAAUAAAAUACAUUGUAACAAGUGCAAUACCGACAUACCGUCAUCUCUUAAGAACAUAAAGGAGCACAUUGCGGGACUAGCUCAUAAUAAGAAUAAUGAACAUGAUUUAGAAAUUACUAAAAGAGAGCCGAUACAAAAGCCACCCGAAAAAGACUCCAUUCCAUUAAAAAAACCAAUGAAAUCAUUUUUCCAAAGUGCUAUCACAAUUAAUGGGCUUCAGACGGAUGUCGUAUUUAAUGAGAAAAUAUGUAUCAAUUUAUUCAGUUUUUUUUUACUUGUUAAAUAUGGAAGCAGACUUAGAUGUUUGGGCUGUAAAAGUAAUUUUGAUUUUAGUAAUUAUGAGUCACACAAGGAUAAUCCUCAGCAUGUAACCAUACUUUCGGAGUCCCAUGUAGUUAUUGAAGAUGACACCGAAUUUAUAAGAGAGAUUAACCCCGGUAAUUUCCACUGCGGAUUUUGCAAUCUCUUGGAAUCAUCAUGGCAAGCGAUGAAAAAACACCUGAAGACCAAUGCCCACAUAGAAUCGAAAAUUGCAGCCCAAUGGCGUUUACAGCAAUAUAUGCCUCAGAUAUAUAUGCAUCGCUUUGAGAGAGAAAUUCAGGACCGAUUCAUAAUGGAGAUGUUUUUGGGAAGAAUGUUCCAUGCUCAGAAUAGAGAAAUCGAUUUUGAUAGUGAUUAA